GUCAGUCACAAUGAUAGUAUUCAUAUAUGCACAUGAUAAUAAAUAAAUAAUCUGUUGACAAUUAUAAAACAAACUUUGAUGAUAACAUAACAAGUUUUAACUCGUCAUUAGUAACUCAGUCGUCUCAAAGCAAAGACGAUUAAAAAUAUGAAAACUCAAUUAGCCUUGUUUUUGUUUAUAACAAUUUUCCUUGUUAUUGAAGCUGAUAAAACUAGGCCAAUUGUUAAAACACCAUUGGGAAAUAUAAGAGGUAUUUAUCAGCAAUCUCAUAAUGGUCGUAAAUAUAAAUCUUUUGAAGGUGUACCAUAUGCAAAGCCACCAGUUGGAAACCUUCGUUUUCAGCCACCAGAACGUUUUCCAGCAUGGAAAGGUGAUUUACUUGCUGUAAGACCAGAAUCCGAGUGUCUUCAGUAUGCUCACAUACCAGAUAAUCCACCAGAACGAGUUCAAGGCUCUGAGGAUUGUCUUUAUUUAAAUAUUUAUAAUCCUUCAAGUGAAGAAUCAAAAAUACUACUUCCAGUUAUAUUUUUAAUUCAUGGUGGUGCAUUUCAAUUUGGUUCUGGUCAUGGUUAUCGUCCAGAUUACAUAAUGGACAGAGAUUUAAUUGUUGUUACUGUAAAUUAUCGUUUGGGACCACUUGGAUUUUUAAGUACUGGUGAUGAUGUUGUACCUGGUAACAUGGGUUUGAAAGAUCAAAGCUUAGCAUUAAGAUGGGUAUCAGAAAAUAUAAAAUACUUUGGUGGUGAUCCAGGUAAAAUAACACUUGCUGGCUUAAGUGCUGGUGGUGCAAGUGUUCAUUAUCAUUAUCUUAGUCCAAUGAGUCGUGGUUUAUUUCAAGGUGGAAUGUCAUUCAGUGGAACAGCUCUUGAUUGUUGGACACAAACUGAAGAUUCCAUUGAAAAAGGAAAAAAACUUGGUGAUAAACUUGGUUGUCCAACGGAUAAUAGCAAAAUAAUGAUUGAAUGUUUGAUGACUCGACCAGCUAAAAGUAUCGUUCAAUUAGUUGGAGACUUUAUGCCUUGGCUAUAUAAUCCAUAUACUCCCUUUGGGCCAGUUGUGGAAAAAUACACAAGUAAAUCAUUUAUCAAUCGAUCGCCAGUGGAUAUUAUUGAAAGUGGAGAUGCUGCAGAUGUACCAUGGUUAACAUCAGUUACUUCUGAAGAAGGUCUUUAUCCAGCUGCUGAAUUUGUUGCUGAUAAAGUACUCAUGGCUGAAUUAAAUGAUAAAUGGAACUCAAUUGCACCACAUUUAUUGGACUAUAAUUAUACAAUUAAAGUCUCUGAUCAUGUUAAUAUUGCUGAAAAAAUAAGAAAACAUUAUUUGGGUGUAGAAAAAAUUGAUGGAACUAUGGUAUUACCAUUAAUUCAUAUGAUUGGUGAUAGAUUAUUUGUUGUUGAUGGUGAAAAAGCAGCAAGAAUGAUGGCUAUUGCCAAUAAAAGUCCAGUCUGGUUUUAUUUUUACAGUUAUAGAGCUCAAUUCUCACUCAGUGAUGACUUCAUACCAUCAAGAAAAGAUUUUGGUGUUAGUCAUGGUGAUGACGUAUUUAUGGUUGUUCAUCGACAUAUAACUCAAAAGGUUAAUGAAAAAAAUGACAUUAUUAUACAAGAGUUAUUAUUAAAUAUUUGGCAAUCUUUUGCUAAUACAGGAAUUCCUGAUGCUGGAGUUGAGUGGCCAGAAUUAAAUCCAUUUAGUUAUGCUCUUGAAUAUUUACACAUUGCAAGUUCUGAAAAUAUAAAAAUGGAUAAAAAUUCAAAUUUAGGAGAUAAAAAAUUUUGGAAUUCAAUUGAUUUUAAUGAAAAUAAAAUAACACCUGGACUUGCAGGUGGAUUACAUGAAAAUUUUGAAUUCUCAUCUUGCUGUAAACAAACCAACAAGGCAGUUUAAUUAAAUUUUAAUAAAUUUAAAUUUUUCGUUAACUGUAAAAUUAAUUUGUAAAAAAAAAAAAAAAAUAAUAUAUACAUGUGGAUAAGAAAGCUAAACAAAUAUAAAUCAUGUUAAUUAUUUAAAAAUGCAUAUUUAAAUAUUGCAUUUUGACAAUGAAUGUGUAAAUUAUACUGAUGAACCAAAAAAAAAAAAGAUAAAUAAAAAUUUUGACUA